AUGGUGACGUGCACCGAUUACACACCCAGAUACGGCGCCCCCUGGCUGUUCUUCCACCGCGUCGAUCUCCACAAUGAGCUCAAGCUACUAGCCACGGAGCCGACACCGACAAGAAAGAGCGUUGCACGCUUACACCUCGGCGUCAAGGUGUGUGACAUUGACAUCGACGGCACAAUUCACUUUGAAGGUGGCGAGAGUGUCCAAAAGGACAUACUCAUCGCUGCCGACGGCAUACGAUCCUCCUACAUCUCAAAGGUGGUGGACAAUGCCCCGCAGGCGCAGCACUACAUGUCGAUGCUCCGGUUGAUGGCUCCCGUAGAGGACCUACGCGAUGACCCGGGCGUCGUGGCUCUCUUCAAAGAUGGCUUGGCUUCGAUUCGUAUCAGCUAUGGAACCAUGCGAAGUGCCGUUAUUUACGGAUGUCGAGGGGGCUCUCUACAAAAUAUCGGCUUGCUAUAUCACCCUGAACUUGCCAUUGAUUCAGAAGGCAACGACAUUUCGUCAAGAGAGGACUUUGUCUACAAAGUCGUCGAAGAAUAUCCGAAGCCUGUACAGUCCGUCUGCAUGUAG